UCCUGCUCGGGCCGGAUCGAUCUGGGGUGGACGCGGCGGGCACCGGCACCCCCAGACCCGAGGCGCGCAGAUGGACGGGGCCGACGGCCAGCUCAGCACCAGCAUACUCUCAGAAAACCAGGACACAGACAACAUACCUCUCUUAGCAGAUAGAUUAAGAAAUACAUUCAAAGCAAACAAGACGAGGAUUGCAUUUGCCAUAACGAAGACAUUUCCUUUCCUUGAAACUCUUCGUGACAAUGAACUCAUCACCGAAAACAUUUAUAAAGAACUUCAAAGUAAUGAAAAGAAGGGUGUUGGUGCAUUUCAAGUGGUGUACUGUGCUCUGCAAGCCGUGGAGGAGAAGUUUCACCCUCAGCAUCUGAAUAUAUUGUUCAAUGAAGUCCACCGGACUGUAUAUCCCAACUUACAGCCCGUUUUUGAAACCUUAAAAAAUGAGAUCCAGAAGAUCACCUGCUUGCAAGACGGCAGCGAGCAAGAUGCACUGGUGGGGUCUGCUGGCUCUCUCAGCCUGGAGCAAGGAACUGUUGAAAAUUUGCAAGAAUGCCUGAUAUCAGCCUCACAAAAUGCUGACACUUCUAAUGGUACAACCGUACAUGCAAGCGGCUUCUUGGAGCACCUCCUGGACACAGGAGCAUUGUGGGAAGGCACACCCGGUGGAGAGAGAAAUGUGCUAGAAAAUGUACAAGACAGUGAUCAUUGUGCCCAGGAGCCCGAGAGAGCAGGAGAAGAGUUACACAAACAUGCCAUCCAAAGCAGUCCUUGCUUCGUAAGUCUGGUGGACAUAAAGAAGGAAAAACCAUCUUCCAGCUCCAAAGCAAGAUGUAAUCAGUCAUCGGAAAUAAUAGAUCUCAGCAGUGACGAUGAGCCCACUGACAUCAGUGGCGGAGAAGAGACCCGAGAAGUCUCCACCUCGCCCCUGAAAAGGGGCAUUGAUGCCACAGAUUUAAGAAAAUCACCGGUAUUCAGAAUACGCCAUUUCAAAAGAGUGAGAAGAAUUGAGAGUUUUUCAGGGUCCAGCGGGGAUGAGGCCCCACAGAUGUUUGAUGCCAUGGAUGAAGAUUCUGAGGAUAUUGGAAAUAAAUCUAAUUGUACAACUGACAAUCAGGAAAGAGAGUUCCACAGUGAUGACUCUACGGAAUUGAUUCUCAGAGAAGAACCUCAAGAAACUUGUAGCUCAGCCCUAAGAAGAGCGUCAGAAGGUAUGACCAGAGGUCAGGAGACAAGGACUGGAAAUGGCGGAGCAUCCAGCAAGACAGAUGCCACGGCUAGUGGAAGCAAUUCCGUUUGGAGAGAAUACAACUGGAGAAAAAAUUUGGCGAUCAAAUACAAGGCCUCAAGAGCACAAGGGAGAAGACAAAGCAACAUUAAACUGUUGAAGAAAAAGUUAAAAAGAAGAAAAAGAGGUCUAAGAACUCGCAAAGACAGAAAUAUGAACUUUGAUGUUCCUGAGCUGCCCGUGACCUGUGGUGAGGUGAAGGGGACUUUGUACAAGGAGAAAUUCAAGAUUGGGACCUCGUCCAAGUGUAUACUGAGAGAAAACGGAGAGGCAUGGCUCACGCUCCGGGAAUUUGAAAUUGAAGGAGGGAGGGGAUCAUGGAAGAACUGGCGGUUAUCUGUGCGCUGUGGGGGCUGGACCCUCAAGGAGCUGAUUAAGAAAAAUCUUCUUCCAAAUCCACCAAGAUCAAGAAGACGGAAGACAGCACCGACGCCUCUCAACAGUACCGCUUAUGACCCUUGUCCAGAAAACUCCAACGUGUGUGUGGUGUGCUGCAGAAGCGGAACUCUCUUCUGCUGUGAUUCUUGCCCCAGAUCCUUCCACAAGCGCUGUCACAUCCAGUACAUCAAUCCCAAAAGGGAUCCGUGGUUUUGCAUCUUCUGCUCAGUCCAGAAUAUCCAGGAAAAUUCCUCCCAGAAUCAGAGUUAUCGUGAAUCUGAAGUCCUGAUAUGGCCGAUGGAUUAUAGAAAUGACUUGAAGUGUAAGUUCCUCCUCUUGAUGUUAUAUAGUUAUUUUAAGAGCUCCUUUUAUGUCCAAGAACCCUAUCAUGGUAUAAUGCACACGCCGGGGGACUACAGGUCCAAGUGUUUAAACACAAUCAGGCAAAAGCUUCGUCAGAAGAAAUACAUGCAAGUGGGGGCCUUUGUGAGAGACAUGCGGCACAUUGUUGAGAGCCACAAGACGUUUUUCGAGGACCAAAGUGUCAUCAUUCUGGGAUUUCAACUGGAGAAGCAAUUUGAGGACAAUUUCAAAGCCAUUUUUGCAAUUCAGUGAGAAACAAGAAGAGUUUUCCGUCUGAGCCUAUUUUUUCCUAAUGUAGCUUCUAUCUCCUUCAGAACCCCUGGAGCACCAGAAAUUGCUCCCACAAACAACAAACAUCUCAUUUAAGCCGAUAGAUGCUCAGGGUCUAUUUCAUGCAACAGACAAAACGAUUAGUCUGGAAAUUCUUUUCAUCAGGGGUGUGGUUUGAUGAGAGAGCACAUGACUCACAAGCCUUAAGACCCUGAGUGUGGUCCCCAGAACUGCAAAAGAAACGAAAGGAUUUAGCUUGUGGGUCAUCUAACAAGCUACCAAAUUUAAUACAGAAAUUUCUAGAGCUACCUUUGUAUUCCAAGAUUUUUUUUUCCGGGCAAAUAUUCUUUUCUCCUAAUAAGUCUGUCCAGAGUAGAAGAGUAUUCAAUGUUAAUGGGAUUUAGAAAAUAAUGAGAGGAAAACUAAUUUGCAUUAGAAAGUAUUAAAAAUCCUGACCCUUCAUACGACCCACCGUCAGGAUUGAGAUGUCAUGAUUAUCUUCUCUUCCUACCUUUCUAAAUUUUCUAUUUCGCAUUGUAAAGUGAGAAGAAAAAAAUACCUUAAGCAGGGGCUGGAGAGGUAGUACAGUGGGUGGGGCGUUUGCCUUGCACGCAGCUGACCAGCAUCCCAUAUGGUCCCCUGAGCACUGCCAGGAGUAAUUCCUGAGUGCAAAGCCAGGAGUAACCCCUGUUCAUUGCCGGGUGUGACCCAAAAAGAAAAAAAAUCCUAAACAUUGAUGUGCUUUAGUUUCCUCAUGAAUAAAACAGGGUUAUGGUUGAUACCCAUCCCUGCAUACAAUAUCCAGAGCACACCAGGAGCCGACUCCUGAGAACAGCUGGUGUGGCCCAAACCUCCCCUUAAGAAGACAGCACUACCAACAUUUGUAUUGCCUUAUGACUCAUGAUUGUUGUACAGUUAAAAUAAUAUUUGAGGACUUUGGGCGUGGAGUGAUAGUACAGUGGGUAGGGCACCUGCCUUGCACACGGCAGACCCAGGUUUGGUCCCUGGCAACCCAUAUGGUCCCUUGAGCACCACCAGAAGUAACUCCUGAGUGCAGAGCCAGAAGUAACCCCUGUGCAUUGCUGGGUGUGACCCAAAAAGACAAAAGGGAGAAAAAAGAUUUGGGGGGUUAGGCUACCCCCAGCCAUGCUUAGUAGCUGCUCCUGGCUCUGCACUGAGGGAUCCUUCCGGUUCAAGAGCUUGGGAAAUUAUUUGAGGUACUGGACAUUGGCAGUAUGAAAGGCAAGAAGCACCUUAACUCCUGGACUAUCUCUCUGGGCCCAUACUUUAUUUAUUUUUUUUAUUUAUAUAUAUAUAUAUAUUUUAUUUUUGGGCCACACCCAGCGAUGCUCAGGGGUUACUCCUGGCUCUGCACUCAGGAAUUACUUCUGGGGUUGCUCAAGGGAUCAUAUGGGAUGCCAGGGAGUAAUUUCACUCAGGAAUUACUCCCAGCGGUGCUUGGGGGACCACGUGGGAUGCCAGGGAUUGAACUUGGGUUGGUCACGUGGAAGGCAAACACCCUACCCACUGUGCUAUUGCUCCGGCUCCUGGGCCUGUAGUUUAAAGUUUGACAAACUGACUCUCUGGCCCUCAAACUUUUUUUUUGUAAACUCCUUCGAUAAACCACCCCAUACUCAUUGGCACCAAGAAGGCAAAAAUGAUCUGAAACUUAAUGUAGUAUUACAGAUUUUAUGAUGGUGCAUACCUGAAAUGUGAAAGUUCAUACCGCAAUAUUAAUUUAAUGUAAAAUUAUCUUUAAAAAAAGAAAAAAACUAUCAUUUUCAAAAUCUGGGGGAGAGUUCAAUAAUUAAGAUACAUCUAACAAAAAAAAAUAUACAAGAAAGCUACUCUAUUCUGAAACACCAAGAGAAUUUAAAGAAGGCCAAAGCAAAUGGAAAAAUACAUGUUUGUGGACUGAAGAAUAAACAUUGUCAAGGUGUAAAUUCUCUCCAAUUCAGCACUGGAUCCAGUUUCCAUAAAUUUAGGAAAAUUGGGGCAAAUAAUCACCUCCAGACUUGAGCACUUCAGCCACUGUCUUCCCACAAUUAUCAUCACCAUAAUCACCAACACCAACACCUCUAUCACAAACCUCACUGGCAUCCACCAUUAUCCCCAUCAUCACCACAUCUCCAAUAUCACCGCAGCAUCACCAACAUCACCCCCACCAUCACCAACAUCAUCCCCACCAUCACCCCCACCAUCAUUAACAUCACCCUCACCAUCACCAGCAUCACCCCGUAUCCUGGGACCUUGGGAAAUGCAGGCUGUAAUCCCAUGUCUCUGACGCCCAGCAUGGCAAUGUGAAAGUUGAUUGGCAUAGAGGGUUGGGGAGAGUUCAAUUAAAUGUUAAUUUUUAAAAAAUAAAGCAAGA